AAAGUGACGUGACUUUAUGAACAAAAUUGCACUUCAUUCAUACGAUUUACCCCAAAGAUGAUGGAAAUCACAAACUGUACUUUUCUGCAGGAAUUUACAACUUUCCUGAUUGAUACUUUGAAAGGUUGUCAGAACUGCGGGACAUAUGCCUUGGUGGUAUUAGUGACUAUGUUCAUAUUAUAUCACUCCUAUUUGUUUGGAUUGUUUCUAUUUUAUAUACAUUUCAUUUUCUUAGUCAUUUAUAAAAAAAUAUAUAAUCUGCCAGAAGAUACUUCUAGAAAAGAAUGGAAGAGGCCAAGAUAUUUGGCUGCGUCUGCUGUUACUUUGCUAGCAAAAGUGCUUCAUGGUUACGAGGUCUAUGGACUUGAAAAUUUACCAGAAGGCCCAGGGCUUAUUAUCUACUAUCAUGGAUGCUUGCCUACUGAUUAUACCUUUUUUGUAAACAAAGUCUACAUCACCACGGGAAGAUUCUGCCUCAGUGUGAUAGAUAAUUUCCUUCAUAAUUUACCAGGUUCAUCUGUGUUUCAAAAGAUCUUUGGCGUUUAUAGGACAAGGGAAGAAUGUGUUGAAAUGCUAAAGAAAGGCUAUUUGAUAGGUGUUGCACCAGGUGGACUUCGAGAACAAAACUAUGGAGAUAACACUUACAAACUUAUCUGGGGAAAGCGUAAAGGAUUUGCUCAAGUAGCCAUAGAUGCAAAAGUGCCAAUCAUCCCUAUGUUUACACAAAACAUCCAGGAAGGAUACAGGACAUAUGGAAAUAUUUGGCCAAUGAGAUGGCUUUACGAACGAACACGAUGUCUAUUCUUUCCAGCAUAUGGGUUCAUUCCAGUCAAGCUUCGGACCUAUAUUGGAGAACCCAUUCCUUAUGAUCCAAAUAUUACUGCUGAAGAACUGGCUGUAAAAACAAAAAUGGCAGUAGAAGCUUUACGGGACAGAUAUCAGAAAAUACCAGGAAACAUAGCAAGAGCUCUUUGGGAGCGCUUUGAGAAGCAUCACAAAGAUAAAUAGUGCAAAUAUGAGCUACACAGAAAUGAUAUUUGAUAAGUGAUCAUAUGGGAACUUAAAAUACACAUGAAAUAGUUGUCUUUCCUGUCCUAAACAAAG